AUGCCGCUUGGAGGAGCGACCCGAGGUGGGCAAGAGGGACCGGUCUUCUCCGGUCUUGUCAGCGGCGUCCCCCAGACGAGUAGCCUGAGCCGGCUGCUAUCGAUCCAGUCAGUCGCCUUGUCUCCACACCCCCAGGCCGGCCCCGCUCAGCCCCGCCCCGCUUGGUCCGGGCCGGCCUGCUGGUACGACGUGCACCCGGUUCGCUCUCACUUCCGCCGGGUCCGCGCGACACCUGAGGCCUCCGCCCCCCCGCCCUCCCCCAGGUGCCCUGGCCUCUCGCACGAGGGCUUUGGGCUCACUUGA